AUGGCCCCCUCACAUGCGUCUCUCUCGACUAUACUCAAAUUACUGGGCAAUUCGCGAUGGUCGCUCAAUCGUACUCUCCGCAGUACCAAUGUGAACGAGAUCAACGGUCAACUUAGCGGCACAGCAACCUUCACCCAGCUCCCCGCCAACACCAAUGCCGAUCAGAGUCAGGAUUGGCUCUACACCGAAAGUGGCCAAUUCCCCGCUUCGGCACUUCCCCCUGCGCUGGCAGGCAUGGCGAAUGCCACUUGGUCCAAAAAGUAUAUAUGGCGACUAAGCGAUGCGACGUCACAGCUCAGCGCAUGGUUCGUGAAAGUUGGCUCCGGUCCCGAUGAAGCGGACUACCUCUUCCACAACUUUGAUUUCACCGAAGAUGGACGCAUUUCUUUAGAAGGUGGCGAGGAGCAUUUCCCGCCCGUCCCUGCUCUCCCUGCGAAUACCGCUGAUGAGCAGACUUAUGUGCUUCGGGCCCGGGGGGAUCAUCUGUGCAUUAAUGAUAUGUAUCGCACCUCCUAUGCGUUCCGCUUUCUUCGUGACACUGAAGAGCUGGUGAGCUGGUCCAGUCUACAUGUUGUACGAGGGCCGGCAAAGACUCAAGAAAUUCGCAAUCAGUAUGCACUGCAAUGA